UGAAUUUUGGAGGAGAAAAAUCUGUUUGUUUGACUGUGUAAAUAGUGGUGACAGUCUCUUGAAUUUGUGUUUGUGCUAGAAAUGAUUAUGAUUAUGGUUUCCUGGUGAGCUUCUGAUUGGUGGAAAUGGAAGUUUCAAUUGCUGUUUUGCCCUUUUCUUGAUUUUUAGAAGUGUUGGAGCCUCUUGCUGUAGUGAUUAUUACACUCUUUUCAUUCAAACUUUUCCCAUGAUUUUGUCUGUAAUUUCUUGUAUGUAUGGUUGGUGAAAGUUCCACCCUUUUCAUCUUUAUCCCAUUAUUUUAUCCAUUUUAAAAUUCUUUCCUCUCUGUGAUGCCUUUUUGUCUUGUAAUACAGUUCCUCACGAGGUUCUGUCAGAUGGAGAAAUUUUUCAAAAAUUAAAGCUGAACCAAAAAAAAAAAAAAAAAGACAAUCUUUAUCACUGCACUAUUUUAAGGUUUGAUGCCAUUUGUAAAACCAUUUCCUCCACACUGUCUUCUGUUCAUCCUCAUCAGUUUCUCUGCUCACGACAUGUGAGAAAUUUAAGGUAGAGAUGGGAAAAGCUACGAGGUGGUUGAGGGGGCUGCUUGGGAUGAAGAAAGACAAAGAAAAUGUGGAAAGCAAUUCACAUUUUAGUGAGAAAAAGGAGAAAAGACGGUGGAGUUUUGCUAAGUCAGGGAAAGAUUCAGACGGGCUGAGUCAGAUUCCUGUGAAUAUUCCGGCAGCCGAAACGGCGUGGCUGAGGUCUUACAUUGCUGAGACGGAGAAGGAACAGAAUAAGCAUGCGAUUGCGGUGGCUGCAGCGGCUGUUGUCAGGCUGACCAGCCAGGGGAAAGGAGCUUUGCUUACUGGCGGCAGAGAGAGAUGCGCUGCUGUCAAGAUUCAGACAGUGUUUAGAGGUUAUUUGGCCCGAAAAGCACUGAGGGCUCUGAAAGGGCUGGUGAAACUGCAGGCCCUUGUUAGAGGCUACCUUGUGAGGAAGCGUGCAGCUGCUACGCUUCACAGCAUGCAAGCUCUUAUCCGGGCUCAAGCUGCGGUUCGGUCCCAGAGGGCCCGGCGAUCGAUAAGUGCUGAUUGCAGAUUCCAACCGGAAAUGAGAGCAAGAAAGUCCAUUGAGAGGUUUGAUGAAAACAGGAGUGAAUUUCAUAGCAAGAGGCUCUCAGCUUCUUAUGAUCCCUCUCUCAACGCAUUUGAUGAAAGCCCAAAAAUAGUGGAGAUCGACACCUGCCGGCCCAAAUCAAGGUCUCGAAGAAUCAACACUUGCAUGUCAGAGUAUGGCGAUGAUCAGUACUACCAGGCAAUAUCAUCACCUCUUCCAUGUCCAGUCCCUGCUCGGUUAUCGAUCCCCGACUGUCGCCACCUCCAAGAUUUCGACUGGGGCUUCAUCACAGAAGAUUAUAAGUUCCCAACAGCCCAAAACACUCCUAGGUUUGGUUGCUCCGGCCGGGCCUACGCACCAGUCACACCAUCCAAGAGUGUGUGUGGAGACAGCUUCUUUAGGCCGUACUCAAACUGCCCUAACUACAUGGCUAACACGCAGUCAUUCAGGGCAAAGCUGAGGUCCCAGAGCGCCCCCAAGCAGAGGCCCGAAUUGGGCCCGAAGAAGAGGCUUUCGUUGAACGAAAUCAUGGCAUCACGAACAAGUUUCAGUGGUGUUAGAAUGCAUAAGCCAUGUUCUCAAGUUCAAGAAGAUUAUGAACUUCAGGAAAACUAAUUUAGGCUGUCUUUUUAUUGCAUAUGGGUUAUGUCUAUAGAGAAGAAGGAUCCAACAUGUUACCUUCUCUAUGUCCCUCUCUUUUCCUAUGUUUGUGUCCACAAGUAAUAGAAUAGAAUAGAGUACUUGUGUAAAUUUUCUUGACAAAAUUAUGUUGAGCAAGUCUAGUGAAGAAAUUAAUUUUUCUUUUAUCUU